AUGGCGACGGCGCUCAGGCCGUCGUGUUCUUUUGUGGGUGGAAAUUGCCUCGCCAAGGGCGACAGAUUGUCCAAUUUCGAGCCGAAACUGUUCGGACAUCGCCAGCCGGAGAGCCUCUUGGACGUGUGUGCAAAAGUGGUGGCGCAGCACAUCCCAUUCCAGCGCAUCGAAGAACGCUACAACAGGAUACCUGAGCCCGUGCAACGCAGGAUCAUCUUCUGGUCGUUUCCCCGCAACGAACGGGAUAUUUGCAUGUACUCGUCUUUAUCAAGUGACUCCAAUAGUUGUGGUGACUACCAGAAGCUUCCCUUUUACCGUGGCCUCAAGCUGUACGAGGCUGGGUGUGUCGAUAACGUGUUGCAAGUAGGUUUUCACUUGAGCGGCAGUGUGACGCCCAGCGCCCCUGGAACGGGAUACCCUGCCGAGCCGGAAAAGAAGUUCCGCAUCUCCAUCAGUUUCGACAGGUGUAAGAUCACCUCGGUAACAUGCACGUGCGAAACACACGACAUCUUCUGGUGCCAGCAUGUGGUGGCCCUGGCCAUCUACCGAAUCCGGAAUGCCGACAGCGUCCGGCUUCGAGUUCCCAUCUCAGAGACCCUGCUGCAGCUGGACCGGGAGCAGCUGCAGAAGCUGCUGCAGUACCUGAUAGCCGAGCACCACACCGAGGUGCUGCCAACAGCUCAGCGCCUGGCUGAUGAGAUCCUCCAGUCUCGGUCACUAAUCAACCGCAUUGCCGGGGCCCCCGACCCUACGGCGGGUGCCUCGGCUGAGGAGGACCACAGCUGGCACCUGGAUGAAGAGCAGGUCAGCGAGCAGGUGCGCGCCUUCCUCUCCCAGGGCGGGUACUUCAUGGUCUCCCGGCAGCUCAAUGCGCUCUUCUCCAAGGUGAAGGAGAUGCUUCGAGCGGGUGAUUCCAACGGGGCACGCAUGCUGCGUCUCAUCACCGAGCAGUUUCUGGCUGACCCGCGACUCGUCAUCUGGCGGGCCCAGGGAACGCCCAUGUCCGACAAAUGCCGCCAGCUUUGGGACCAGCUUGGCACCUUGUGGGUGUGUGUGGUUCUUAACCCACACUGCACGAGUGCCGAGAAGCAGCAGUGGCGUCAGCUGCUGGAGCGGUGGUCCUCUAUGCACAUCUGCCCGCUGGAGGAUGCCGACUUCCGUCCCAGUGCCACAGGACGCCGUCCCCUCGUGGUCGACGACGAUUCUUCUGACUCGUCCGAGGACGAUGGCGGGGGCCACAGUGAUGGCCGUGGGCCUGGCGGUCACCAUGGGGGCAACGCUGGGAGCCACCACCAUCCACGGGGAGUGCCUCCUGGUCCCCAUCACGCUGGCAAUGGUGCACCGCCCCACCACCCGCACCGGCGCUCACGGAGGAGUGGCCUCGUCACACCGCCGCGUUCCAUCUUCCACCGCGCCCUGGAGGCCUGGAUGCUCUCGUGGGACGACCCACACUUGCGCUUCAUCUUGUCACACGAUGCCUGUGCCGAACCCCAUUCCCACCGCUCGUCCGGAUCGUCGUCGUCUUUCUCGUCGUGUUCGUCGCCGUCGUCUGUGUCGUCGUCGUCAUGUUCCAGUUCCUGUGCCUCAUCGAGCAACCUCUUCAACUCACAGGGUUACCCGUUAUGGCAUGAGCCCAUCCCGGUGGCGUGCUCGCGGGUGGAGGCCCUGCGCUCGCACGGCUACCAGCAGGAGGCCCUGCGGCUGGCGGUGGCCGUGGUGCGCACCAUGAAGCGCCAGCAGCGUGAGUGGCAGUGCCGCUGGCAGGCCGAGCAGGAGCGCUCGGGCAUCCACCACCACCACCACCACCACCAUCACCACCACCGGGGGGGACGCACCUCCUCCUCCUCGUCCUCCAGCUCUUCGUCCUCUUCGUCCGGUUUCUCCAGCCUUACAACGCACAACAACACGGAGGGCUGGGUUGGCCACCCGCUCAACCCCAUUGGUUCCCUGUUUGACACACUGGCUGAGGCCUCUCUAGUUCCAGACAGCAAGCACCUAGAGUACUUCUACGAAUCUCUGCCGGGCCCCAGUGCCGAAGAAGCAGCUGCUACUGGCAGUGGUAGUGGCAGUGGUGGUGGAAAUGGCGGUGGCGGUGGAGGGAACAAUGGCGGAGGAGGAGGCAACAACAACGGCGGAGGUGGUGGUGGUGGUGGAGGUGGCAACAACAACAACAACGCAGCUGCAAACUCGUCUCACCACCCUCACCCUUCUCAUGCACCACACGGGAAUGGUGGUGGUGGUGGUGGUGGUGGCGGCGGCGGUGGCGGCGGUGGUGCUGGCGGUUCUUCGUCAUCGUCGCCUCCUUCCUCGCAGUCGUCUUCGGCACAGCCGCGGGAAAGACCCAGGUAUCGCCACGUUGCGGUGCCAGGGAGUCGGGAUCGCAGCGAGUCGCUCCUUUCGCUGGCUGUGGAGGCGGCCUUGGUGGGACUGGGACAACAGCGGUCCAUGCCCGUGGGCCUCUAUGCACAGGAGAAGGCGUGCCGGCAGGAGGAGCGGCUGAUAGCGCGCCUGCGGGACGUGGACGCGGAUGGCCUGCUGGUGGGGGUGCUGCGCAAGCAGGCCAUGCUGCUGCUUGAGGGGGGCCCCUACUCGGGCCUCGGCGUGGGCGCCCACCCCGAGAGCGUGCCUAUGCACACCUUCGCCCGGUACCUCUUUGGGGCCCUGCUGCCAUACGACGCCGACCUGGCCUACAGCGUUGGGCUGCGUGCCAUGCGGCUUCCCAUCCUGGAGAACCAGGAAGAACCGGAUGACCCGGGCACGGGCGCCCCUGUCGCCCCUGCCGCCAGCCGGUACCCGCGGUGGUUCACUCUGGGCCACGUGGAAGUGCAGCAGUGUUUGCUGGCCUCCACCAUGCUCUCUGCCGCCAAGGACGAUGUGAUGCGCCUGCGGACGGUGAUGAAGUCGUCGCAGCGCAACAUCCACAGCUCGUCGCAGUUGUUCAAGCUGGCACAGGACGCAUUCCGCAUUGCCGUGCCUCAGGACGGUGGUCCCAGGCACCUGGCCCUGCUCAACGUGGCCUUUGAGCUGGGCUUGCAGGUGAUGCGGGUGACCCUGUCGUCACUGAACUGGCGACGUCGGGAGAUGGUGCGCUGGCUGGUGACUUGCGCCACAGAGAUCGGCCUGGAGGCCCUGGUGUCUAUCAUGCAGAAGUGGUACCAGUUCUUCACACCCACCGAGGCUACCGGUCCAGUGGCCACAACCAUUAUGUCCCAUGCCACCAUUCUUCGGCUUGGACUGGACUUCAGCCAGCAGGAGGAGCUGUCGUCAUGUGCCCGCACCCUGGCACUACAGUGUGCCUCCAAGGACCCCCCAAACUGCGCCCUCAAUGCUCUUACCCUGUGUGAGGGAGACGCAUAUGCUUUUGAGACGGCACACCAGAUUGUCGUAGACGCCGCAGGCUCCGGGGUCAUGACUUCCUCGCAGCUGUUCACCGUAGCUCGGUACAUGGAACACCGCGGCUACGCCCACCGAGCCUACAAGUUAGCUGUGCUGGCGACGCGCGGCGUGCAGCUCGCGUACAACCAGGACGCCCACCCGGCCAUCAACGACAUCCACUGGGCAUGCGCGCUUGCCCACUCGCUCGGCCGCUCCGAGCUUGCGGGGCUCGUGCCAUUGCUGGUCAAGCACGUGCAGUGUGCCACGGUGCUGUCGGACAUAUUGCGCCGAUGCUCGAUGGCGGCACCAGGCAGCAUGGGAACGGUGCCGCUGGACGCCAAGCGGCGCUGUGUACGCGCCCUCUCCUUGGACAAGCCCCCGCUGCGCCCCCUGCUGGACGCAGCCAUCGCGGCAUACGUCAACACGACCCACUCGCGUCUGGCCCACAUCUCUCCGCGCCACUACGGUGACUUCAUCGAGUUCCUGGGCAAGGCGCGCGAGACGUUCCUGCUGGCCCAGGACGGGCACGUACAGUUUGCGCAGCUCGUCGACAACAUGAAGGCAGCCUACAAGGGCAAGAAGAAGCUCAUGUAUCUAGUCAAGGAGCGGUUUGGCUGAGAAGGGGCCGGUGGGGCACACCACUCGAGGCGGUGUGGCGCGGGCAGCCAAAUGCCUCCACCGGGCACACUGGCUGAGGGCUCUGGCAUCACCUCUCAGUCGAGCUCACAGUCCCAGUUUGGUGGCUCUCGGCAUACCGGCUACAACUGCCGGCGCAGGGUUCUUCAUUUUUUUCUGGAGCAGUGGCAACGAUAUCAAAAGCACUCCUCGUCCACUAUUUCAAGGAGCCGCUUUUUCCUUCCUGCUUCAUCUCCCCACCCCCUCCUUCACCUGAAGCCGGUGCAGAUGCCCUCUUGAAAUCGGAGGAAGUAGUGGUCUGUUAUGUGCGCAGACGCCUUUCUUUUUUUCCACUGGGCAUCCUGAAGAAGGUAUCCCUUCUGUGUCAACCUUUUUAUCCUUGACAGAGAAUAUUUUUUACUUUGUCCCAAAGCAGACGAGUGUCUGUGGAGUGGUUUUACUACUCGUGAACUUAGUGAAAGAAGUGAUGCCAAACCACCAUCGUUCUCAACGAGAUGCCUCUCUCAGAACCGUUACUAUCAGGGACUGAAAAGCAAGUGAAAAAAAAAAAAAAAAACGAAAUGUGGCAGGCCUGGCGAGAGACACUGGUCCUUGUUUUUAGAGUUCUUAUCAUCUUGAUGUUUUAAUUGAUUCACACAGUAGCAGUAUUGCAGAGAGAUGUCCUCUCUUUUUCUUUUAUUCGUUGUUUCGUGCCUGUAGUGCACGUCCCUUCUUUGCCGAGUUUGUUGUUUGUCAUACUGUAUGUUGUUUGGCAUAGGUUGUACCCCAUGCAAGUUGCAUUUACGUUGUGUCGUGCUUGAAAUGUGUACAUUCGUUGUGUUUCACAUACUUAUUGUUUUGCGUACAGGACGACAUGCCACCAAUGUGCUGUAGGCUACUUGCACCACCGCAGAUGUUUUUAACCCACCGCGUUUAGUUGCUAGCCAAACCAAUUACUCUUAUGUGUUAGCUGCAAAGUGGCUGAUUGCCAGUGCGGUCGUCUUGCUUGUUUGUGGAUGCGAAACUGCGGCAAGAACUCCUCUGUCUCGCGAGUCCGAAUGAAGAAGGUGUUGCCGCAGCGUGCAUGCGUGUUACCCUAAGCCUAGAUCAAACAGCGUAAACAUGAUGCUUUUUUUUCGUGUGUGUGUGUGUGCGCACCCACUUAGUAGAACUGUGGGGACUCUUAUCACUCGUUCAUUCCUCUGUUGCUCAUUUUUACAUGUUCCGCGUUGAAUUCACUGUUCCACAGUGGCAUUGUGUAAAGUUUGCGGCCAACACAACGGGGAGGCAAUGUCAAAGCCACAGUAGGUGUAUAUUUUUUUUCCUUUAAAAGUUUGUGAUCUUGUUCGUAUUCGAUCUUCAUGAUCGUUCUUUCUGCUGGAGCAAAGUCCUCGCAAGGUUUCAGGUGGCAGUGGCACAAUUUUACUUGCGCACAAUGCGCCACAAAACGUCAAGAGCAAAAGGGAUCCUUUGUAGGCUUCUCGUCGCCAUUUGCCAUGGUCUCGCCUAUGACUGGCCAAGACGUCUGCCAGACUAAGUUGCCCACUCUCUACUCUACUAUGCAUCACUGGAGAUUGCACCUAGUAGCGGCCGGGCCAAAAGACACCGCAAAUGGCACAAGGCCGUUUUGCCUUGUAUCAAUGUGUGGCAGUAAGAGGACUGAAGUUGGCAACCCCUAUCAUCCCCCACCAUUUUUCGUUGUUUAAGUUUUACAGAGCUCAAGCAUUUGCCAACAGCUAUGGAAUGUGGUUUCUUUUCUUUUUAUUCCCGACCUUGUCUCUCGCCAGAAGCUGCCGGUGACGGGUGCAUGUCGAGGGACAACGAAUACGCGUCGUCUGCAAUCGCGUGUGAUGAUAAGUCCCUCUUCUUUUUUUUUCCAUGACUGUUUUGUGGUUUGAUGAUGCCUUUUUGUCCGCACGACCAGUCACUUCUGUUCCAUGUUGUCGAAAUCGAAGGAGAGUUUGCGGCCGCUUGUAUAUAGUCUCGUGUCCGUCUCUGCAAUAUUCCAGAUGCGGUGCGCACCUCCCUCUUCUCUUUUUCUUUUUUGUCCUAUAGCUGUGUUUCAUAAUUGCAGAGGCCUCUUCUAUAUCCAAAGUAUUUGGUGACUUUCCCUUCUUCAACUCCCUAUACUUGCUGGAGAAGCAGAAGCAUGCAGUUCAGUCACUGCAUGUUGUCGUAGUUUUGACAUUCUUGUUCUUGGCCCUAGACAACAACUCUUUGUGCCUUGUGGUUGUUACAGUUCUGUUUAUUGGUCAUACAUUUCCUUUUAUUUGCACCAUGUCUGUUCCGCUUAUCUCUUUUUCUUCAUUCAUUGUUUCGCAAUAUCUCCUUUGUUAAUACAGCGCAGGUAAAUUCAGCUGCUUGCGUAUUGCCAAAAAAAAAAGAAAAAAUCAGAUACUUCUUUAAAUAAUGACACUGCGGCGCGCCAUUCAUCUGAAUGUUGCGUAUCUACUUACUGAUAAAAAGAGAAGCAAAAACGCUGUUACGAAAAACUGUGGUGUGGAGCUGAUGUAUAAAUUGAAACACUAGUCAGCGCUUUCAUUUGGGUAGGCCAUGCAGCUACGCUCAGAUAAUUUGCACUAUCCUUUCCCCGGUGUUUUGUUGUCUGGCAUUGCGAAUUUCUCACAAAGAUGUCCCGUUUUGUUACUCAUCAGCAGUUAGGCCUUCCUGAUUUCUUUUCGCACUGAUGGGGAGCAAUAUCAAGCUCAGUGUUCUUUGCUGAUCCAGAAUGCUGUCACUGGCAAAACAGACUGUCGUUCUGGUUCAGAGAGGACUGAUUCGUUGCUGGAAACAUAGUAUUUUUGUGGACAUUGUGUACAAAAUGUUGUCUUCUAGAAACACUUAGGUGCUCAGUACCGUUCAGGAGCAACAACUACUCACGGCUACGGCAUUUUGCGUUGAGCGCAAGGUCAUGGGUUCAAUUCCCAGUGGCGUUCCGAGGAAAACAGAAUGCAAGACCGCUCAUGUACCAAGCUUUGGAUGUAUGUUUAAGAACCCCAGAUGUUCGGAAUUAAUCCAAAGUCCCAAAUUAAAUUACCGCUUUGUGUGCCUUUUAUAAAGAAAAAAAAAAACACGAAAAAAAAAAAAAGUUGGUGGGGUCAUACCAAAAAUUCAGUCUGGUAAGUUCUCUUGCUAAGCCUUUUUCCAACUCCCUUCUUUUUAUUUGUGCCGGAUGAAGAAAAGCCUACGCGUUCAAAACAGCAUUCUGUUUUUCAGCUGUCCAACAUAAGUUGCUUUAAACCUCCGAGUCAUCACAGGUGCACACUUGCCAUUUUUGCAGAAAUCAGCCAAUUGGUCAAGGAAAAGAGUUAGGGAGAGAAAUGAACGGAAUAAGGUGGGCCCUGGAUGUCCUAAAACAGUUGUUUAACGUAACUGUUUGCAAGUUCCGCACGCAGGUGACUACAGAGCAACGUUACUGCCACGUCUUUUGUCCUGUGAGAUAUUGUCAGUUUGAGGGCAGAUUGCUCCAUUCUCCCAUGAAGGCCUGCUUUCAAAGUUUUCCUCCCUCUCGUCCCUUCUGCCUGUGCCCAACUGUCGUAGAGGCCGUUGUCUCUCAGAAUCUCGUCGGAUGAUCUCUUUAGCAGCGAAUCAACAUAUCGUACAGCUUGCAGUGUUUCUAAGCAUCUUAUUUCGUGAUAGUCUGUAAAGGUCUCCGGUUGCAUGUGCAUGCUGCGUGGGCAGCACAUAUUUUUGGCUGAAGGCAUAGCGGUCUAUUAAUGACUCAGAAGGGUUUAUAUGAAUGGUCCAUUGAUGUUUUACAGCAGGGUUGGCAACUUCGUUCUUUCUUUAACAGUAUCGCUAGGUCACGGUACAAGGCACUCCAGCUUCAGCAACAACUCACUAAGUGAUCGUAAUGAAGGAGUGCUUGAAAUUCUGUCUCUUUAUGUGUCAGUUGUUCUUGAAUGUCUUCCAUAUUAGUUCUUAGGCCAUGGCUUUAGAUCACCUUCAGUGGUGGCUAGGCAACGGUUGGAAUGCGAUUGUGGGAAAACAACUCCCGAUUUUCUAAAACAUUAUCAGAUCUCAAGAUUGUGCUUUGCCAAGAAAAGCAGCUUUGGUGGACACAGGUGGCUCUCCAAUAAGCUCUUCAGUAAGUCCUUGAAUCUAGUGACAAAUGGAGGCGCAUAGGGAGGAUGUGCGCCUUCGGCACGACUCUCUAGGCAUAAAAUUGUGGAUAGGAGUUAAACUUGCAAGUCCGAGGAAUUUUACCAGCACAAUUUAGUGACUAUUUACAUCAGUACAGCAGUCACCAGAAAAAAAAUCACACAAAUCUCCUAAUAAAAGGCAGAGUUGUCAUAAGGUUAAUAUGAACUUGUUAAAUUUAGCAACUAUGAAGUUACCAACACUGCUUCGCAGGCAUCUGGAAGGCAACCUUGAGGACUGGCGUGUUAUGGCACAAAGUACUGUGCAUCCCUUCAAUGAAAAGCAAAACAGACUGUUUGAAACAUUGUGUAGUAGUUCAAGUAGAUCUCCAAUGAAAACGACUGUUCUUCGUUCCCUGAUCCCGUAUUCUUGUUCAGUUGUUACAUUGUAACAUCACUUUGUGUGUCCGAUUUUGAAUGCCUUCUGCCUUUUAUUAGGUACUUGUUGAUUCUGCCAUGACCAUUGCUGCUUCACUUUUUCCGCACUUCUCCUUUUCGUGUGCUGUUAUCAAAAUGUGUUAUGGUACUCCGGGUAUUCUUAGAAUGCUUUGUUUAUGGCACAGGUUCUUGUGGGUUUCUUGUCAUGCGUUUUAAGUGCCUUGUGUUAAACUGUGAAAGCCGCAACUUUUUUUUUUUUUUUUUUCUUAGCUAACAAGUAGGCCCAAACAACCACCUGAGAAGCCAUAGGUCAGCAUUGUAUCUAGCAGCAUACUGUGCCUUUAGCUGCAAGUUUUGUACCCCUAGACUGUAGUUUUCAAUGAGGAGUCUUCGUUUUUACACUUGACUAACUUCUGAUGCAGGUUACACAAACUGACUGUGCAUUAAGUUCUGCCUUAUUUAUUGACCCUGUUUGUAUGGGCUGUAGUCAGUGACUCUGCAAUCCACUAACUGCCGCUAAAAAUGUGAGGGAAAAAAGAAAAGAGAGAAGCUGUGAAAGUUAUGUUUUCAUUAAUUACAGCCUUGAAUAGGAAAGUGAUUGCAUAUUAUGAGUAGUAUACACGAUAUGACGGUACCAGCUGUGCAACUUAUGUCUGAAAAGAGCAAAAAAAAAAGGAAAAGAAAAAAGAAAACAAGGACCAUCUAUCACAUACUAUGAGUACCUUGGUACCAUGUCCAAAAAACAACAUUGCAGAUAAGUGCACCUUGAUAACGGCAUUCCAGAGUAGCGGUUGUUUGCACAGACAAGCUGGGCUCACUUUGGGCAGUUCGUGCAAAGCAUUCUCUGGCAAAACUUAUUUAGGGAAACUUCGCCAUACUGCUGAAUGUAGCAGUAUGCUACAGAAGGGCACACUCCAGUUUUCUUGAAAAAGCUAACUCUGCAGUCGAAGAAGUUGUUUUGGGUUGGGUAUCGAACCCAGGAUCUCUGCCUUUCCGAAGCAGUUGCCCUAACAUCUUGGCUAGCCAGAAGGCUAGUGUGUAGAAGGAAGUCCAAAACCUAUUGGCAACUUGGAAGUGCUGGAAGCUUAAGACAGAUUAAUCAUUCAAGUGAGUUCAACAUAAAUCUGCGAAGUUUCUCGUCCCCCGCCCAAAAUGAAUUUUUGAUCAACUUCAGUGUUGGCUUUUUUGAUUACUUUGAAUUGGGGUUAUCUCUAACAAGGAAAACUGACACAGUUCGGUAGACUGCAGUUUUAACUCUAAUGAAACUUUCUUGCCUUUAGGAUUUCCAUAGAACCCGUUUGGAUAAUUCAUUUGAUUAAGACUCAUCCUUGGCACAUAAAGGGUCAAUGCAGUCUUUAAGGCAUGCUUAAUGAACAGUGCUGCUUUGCUAGCCCCACUGCAGCUACGAUGGCCCUGCGUCCUCGUAAUUUCCCCAAAGCUAUCGGUGCUUGACUCUUCAGCAGUCGUUUUGGCUUUUAUUGUCUCUGUCUUGUUUUGAAACCGUCGCACGCGAGUCUCUCGGCACAACUCUUGAACGGACGGAACGACAAUGCCUUUUGCGGAGCUGCCGCUGUUGCCUACCUCACAAUGAGCUAUGCCAAAGACGGACUGGAGCUUCCAUGUGACGACGAUGCCUUCUCAAGUUUUGAGCAUCACACAUAUAUUUUCUUUUUCAAGGAUCUCACGCUCCUCCUGAAAAGCAUUGAGUGUUCCGUUCUCUUUAGGAGCCCUGUUGAGGUGGUCAGAUUGGCUCGAUUGUCGGCUGGUCAACUAGAGCGACCUGUUGAAAUUAUGCGGUCUUGAGCCUGACUCUUGUAGAUACAUAUCGUGUGUCUUUUCGCAUUUCAAAGCCCUGCUUUGAUUUAUAAACCAAUCUCGUUUGUGUGUUUCUUGUUUUCUUACACUGCUGUUAGAGUGAUGCAACACGCAUGAAUGGUGUUUUUCUAGUUCUGUAGCUUGGUCAGGGGAAAAAAGUACACGGAAAACCGAUUUGUUCGAAGGAAACCAUUCUGCUUGUUCGGAGCAUGCAUUGCAACUACACAACUACUGUUAGUAGGCAAGUUAGUGUGGCGAGGUCACUGUGCCAGCAGUGACAAUGAAACUGAAUUGUUGACCAGUGUGCCGGUCAUCAUUUAAUUGUCUAUUUUCAUGCAGUUAAGCAUACUGUCAGACUAAUUAAGACAAGUCAAGGCAGUCUAAUAUAGAUCCGGGUGACUAUGAUGAAAAACAACUUCAAUGCACUAUCAUGCUGUGACAAGGUGCACACCUCGUGUAACCCUUCUCGAAAAUUUAAAUUUAGAUGUGUUUCCUAUCUUAUUGGCAUUAUCGCCCCUACUGCAUCUUUUCGUUAUCCCUCAUGCAUCAUCAGAUUCACUAAAGGUCAUGCAGCACUGCCGUGUUUAUUAGUAAAUCAGUUUGUAUUAGCAUUUAGCGAGAAAUGAUGCGUGUCCCUUAAAUGAUACGAGUUCCAGCAAUGCACGCUUGGCUUUUAGAGUUCUGUAACAGAGCGUGCAGCCUUUGCUAAAAGAAACAAAGCCACUGAGAGUAAUGAUGUUGCUGAGUCCUUGCUGCAUUGUGCUGCAUUGACGAAGCUUCUGGCCGUACUCGUCAUGGCAGCUUAGUGGCUGUGGAUGAGCAUGAGGUUGUGGCUUUGAUUACUGAUCGUGGCACUCACAUUUCGAUGGGUGCAGCAUACAAGAACGCUUGUGCAGUUGGACUACGGUGCACCUUAAAGAAAUCCACAUAGUCUGAUGCAGAACCCCUCCGCUGUGGUGCCUCUGUUAGCCCCAGUGUUGGUUUGGGAUGCUAAACCCCGGGAAUCAGUCAGUAAGUCGGACUUGUUGCACUGAAAAAAUCUUGGAGGGUAAAACAAGUCGCUUAUGAGCAAACAGCACUUCGAAAAUGAGCCACAGAGAGAAGGAAGAUGCAAGAGCAUUGGCUUGCAUAGAAUGCAUGUACAACGAAGUGAAUGCAUACAAAUACAGGGUGUUUCGGUGAGCACUUUCAAAAUUUUUUAAAGGUUGCCUGUGGCAGAUAGGCCAAUUCUAGUUUUAUGAGCCGGUCUACUCGAAGCGGCAGACACCACUUGCAUAAGAAAUUGAAAUGCUAAAUCGACUAAUUAACUUUUAGCUAAUUAUCGUAUGACCCAUAUUGCAAUUUACAAAUUCUAGCAGUGGACUUCGCAAGGCGAAUCCACUUGGAACGAAUUCUCGAGAAAACACCGGUUUCGAGAUAUAAAUUACCGAACUUUGCAGAGGAACGCAUUGGCGUUCCAGUUACUUGUGUGCUUCAGUGCAUGAAAUGAUAUUUUGUUAACAAAUCAACUGGAAAGCCAAUGCAUUUCUCCGCAAAGUUUGGGAACUUAUAUCUCGAAACUGGUGUCAUCUUGAAGAUUCGUUCCAAGUGGAUCCGCCUUGUGAACUCCAUGACUACAAUUUGUGAAUUGCAAUAUGGGCCAUAAGGUAAUUAGUUAAAAUCUUAAUUAGUGAGUUCUUAUUAAUUAGGCGAUUUUGUAUCUCAAUUUUUUGUGCAAAUAUUGUCCGCCGCUUCAAGUAGACCAGCUCAUGAACUAGAAUUGCGAUAACUGCUACAGGCAACUUUUAAAGAUUUUUGAGUGUUCGCUGAAACAGCCUGUAUUCGGAGAACAACACACGCAUGGACUCAAAUCAGGCACUUGGACAACUUGAGUCACAUUCACGAAAGAGCCCACGGGUGUGGAAAGCAUACAACCCCCUGCCGAAGUGCCUGAUGUGCUUUCGUGUGUUCUUCGUACAUAUGCUUGCGUUUGCCUCGGUAUACAUGUAGUUGAGGCUCCAUUCGCGUGUCCUUUCUGUGCGGUUUACCUCGGCCACAUUUUUUUUUUUUUCAUUCACACAAGGCACACACAAGCUUGCCUACUAUUUCAAGUUGUCUCAUUUCAGCAUUGCAAAACAUAAGAGUGAAAAUGAUGCCAUGGGGUUCUAGUAGUACGGAUUCAACAAAAAGCUGCCUUGAUGAUUCUGAGGAGAGCUGCAGUCUAGCACGCAAUGGCUUUGUCUCUCUUGCCAAAGAUGUGUAAACGGCUCUGCUGUUCUCAUGAAGCCUUUGGCUCCUAUUUGCAAGAAGUUUUGCUUCUUGCCACUGGUUUAGUGCUGGCCUUUUGAUUUGUUUGGCUUGUGUUACGAGAUGCCAGAGAAGGGAGUUACAAGGCAGUCCAUCCUGCUUUGUAGUGUCUUAUUUGGCAUUCUGUCGUGAAAACCUUUGUUGAUUCACGUGAUGUCCCCACUGUUGUUGUCACAAUUUGUUGCUGUUUGUGUGAGUGAGGUUUCCAUUUAAGUUUGUUUACGUGAGUGAAACAUUUCCUUAUGUGUAGAUCUUUGAAAUAAGUGUCAAUGUCAUUCCGUGAUCAUAGAAAAAAGUGAGGCGGGCCUCCAACAAUGCCAGUCAAUAAUCUACCUCUAUCGGGCAAGGAAAAAGGUGAACCAAAAGGACUGCUGUGAUUGUGAAACAUGCAAGCAUCACUGAAGCUUUUCUCUGCUUUACUGUACAACUGUAGUGUGGUGGAAAUGGCGUUGACCUGAAUAUCAUGAGCUGAUCUCUGUAUGUUCUGGCAUAACAGCAGACAAGCGUUUCAGCCAUAGGUGGACAAAACAGACAUAAAAACUCAGUUAUUUCCUCUGAGAAUGCUAGUUGUAGCUGACUGGAAGGUAUAAUUCUGUUCGGAGCACUCGGCUUUUGCAUUUGCAAGCUCCACCCUGGUGGUCAGCAAGUGAACUUAGGACUUGCAGUGGUAACUGGUUCACAAACUUCAGUUAAAAGGUUUGCUAGAUAAUUUAAAUCCACUGUAGAUCAUCCAGUAAUGAAAAAUGUCUGUUCAUAACUACAAUUCCUCCCCCAAGUUUUAUUAUUUUGUAUUGGCACAUUGCCAUUGCACAUAAGACAUAAAUAUUUUUUUUCUGUAGAUGAAAUUCAAUUCUACAAGGCUCGCGCUUUUGAGUCGUCCAAGUGUAACAGUUCUUGAACUGCACCAAAGAAGCACAUUUGUCUUUGGCAGGGUUUUGUACCGACUCCGAAGAAACGUCCAUUCUUUUGCCGCUGUGGUGUGACAUGCUGUGGAAUUGCGCUUGAGGACGUCGGCCUCUUCUGAUUGUUAAUGCCAGUUUGCAACUUUGGAAUGUGACUUCUUUUAGUCUGCGUGAGCAUGUCGCAGAAAGGAUUUUUCAUGGUGAACUAGAUAUGCCGGUGAUUAAGAAAUGCAACCAGCACUGUAUACUUUACAACAAUUUUCUCCGGCAAAGUUUGGCAGAUGGCAUUGCAUUGACUGUGAAGUGUAGGAUAUGCAACACUGAUUUUAGGAAGUUUCAAGAGAGCAAUCUCUGCUUGUGGUACAAUGGAACUAGGUUGACAUUUAGGUCUAAACUGCACGAAUUGUCUUGCAUACGUCUGACUAAAUGUCUGCUUCACCAUAUGCAUCUCUUAAUCGCAUUGUGCUUGUCAUACGAUUCAAGCAUACAGAACCAAAAGAAUCUGUGCUGGGUGUGUUGGUAAUUCAUACUUGGAACUACAGAGCAAAAACUACAACAAACUUAAAAGAAAGACAUGAAGGACAGCGCUGAAAUUAUGGCAGAAAGCUGGGCUAGUUGGAAUUUUUAUAUUUCAUGCAUAAUUUUUUUCAUUAUAGGGUUUUAUGUGCCAAAACCACGAUCUGAUUAUGAGGCACGCCGUAGUUCUGGGACUCCAGAAUAAUUUGGACCGCCUGGGGUUCUUUAACGUGCACCUAAAUCUAAGUACACGGGUAAAAAUGUUUCGUGCAUUUCCAGUGCUUAAGGGGAAACGGGAAAACCGUGAAAAGAAAAGACAACAGGACAGGGAGGACGCUCUGUCCUCCCUGUCCUGUUGUCUUUUCUUGGUUUUUCUGUGUCUUGUUAAGUGCUGGAAAUGCAUGAAAUGGGAAGCUCUGAAGUUCUGUGCUGAAGGCACAUGAGUGUUAUGCAGGCAGUGAUUAUACUAAUACUACAUACAUGAGCAAGUUCAUGCCUGUUACUGUGCGCGCCCACCAUAGUUGUAUAGAUUUGGGUAAAGAGCUUGGGCAGCUGCUGCUGUUUCGGUCACUUGUGUGGUUGAGACAGGUGCAGCAGCUGACUUAGCUGCAUGUCUCGGGAUCACGUAGUCGCAGUUUACACUUUUUUUGGCGGGAGAGCACAUUUGCUCCAAUCUUGUGUGCAAAGAGUGCACACUGAUGCACUCGUUUCUUAAUUCGUCGGACAAGUAGGGACCUCGAGACAUUCAAGGUGAUGCGGAAGCAUAGUCUGACGUGUGUGCAAUGGUCCGUGUGGUUUGGGCUUUCGUCUUCUUGUGGACGACGUUUUCCUGAAUUCUUAAUUUGCAAAGCCAGUGAGGACCAAGCAAUGCAUGUUUUGUUUGUGGCUUCAUUUUGUACUAUUUUGUGUCGUUUCAUGUUCUGUUGAGCGUAUGCUAUAUAUAUAUAUAUAAAUAUAUAUAAACUGCUUGUGCAAGAAGAGUGUGUGCGCACAUGUGCAUUUCAUGUCUCUCAGCGACAUUGCCGUCGUGAUCAUCGCCAUCGUCAUCAUAGCCGAGUAUGUGUGAAACUCUUGUGUGCAUUGGUUUGCAUGUGUUCACAUGCUUGUGGCAAUUCUGUCUCUUCGACACUGUACGUCGAAGAAAUAUCAUGUACAGGAUAUAUUGCGCAGAUAACCGUCGACAGUGCGGUGGGUUGGUGACGUGACUUUCCGUUGCCCAUGGACAUGUUUGCAAUCGCCCCCUCGCUGACUCUUUUCCUUUUUCCCCCUUCUAUAAAAUCUUCCAAGCGUGUGCUUAUGUAUCUACGAACGCUAUGCAACAUCAGAAACAAAGAUGACAAAGAACACACCAAGUGAUGGAGAGAAUGACCAACUGUGGUUCGCUUCGAGAGACUCGUGCGACGCAUUCAUCUCGAGCUGUGCAGUGCAGUGUCUGUGUGGUCGUCUGGUGUUGGCGAGCCGGACUGUCUCCGGAACAGUUGGCCACUGGCUUUGGACUCGUGAUUGGUUUGACUCGUGUCCGUCGCAUGCUGUGCGCUCUCGGUGUCCGCAGCAUGCCCGUUGCAAAAUGACCGGGCAGCGACCGAAGCUGCCACUGCAAGACUACGGCAAAUGAUGGAAAGACGUUUGUGCGCGUGCCUGCUUGCCUGUGAACUGUUGUGUGUGGUGUUUCUCGCUGACAUACUUCUUUCUUCCCUUUCCUCUAUCCCCAGUGCACGUAUGUGCACAUGUGUAUCUUUGGAGCGUGUGGCCGUAUUACUUUGUGGCAUUAAUUUGCGCCCUUCCGCGUGUUGAUUGCUUUGUCCUUUCCUUGCCCUCUUUGUCAUGCGUUUGAUUAGAAACCUACCCACCCUCAGGACAGAGGCUGCCAAUUUGCCUGCUUGCAGUUGCGAAGGAGCUUGAAUGCUAAAAACUUGGGAUUCAAAUCUGUGUUUGCUGCCAUUUAUUUUAAUUUGUUUUGAGAGUGCUUCUAGGAGCAUGGCAUUUCACUGCCUCUUAACAUAUAACUUUGUCCAGUGUCGUUCUCUGCUCACAAUAUCACGUUUGGCCAACAUGAAAGUAUGCACCAACAUAGUCGUGGUUGGCUUGUAGUCACACCGCAAGCAUGAGGAAAAUCUGUGCCAUAACCCAAUCUGCUUAUCUCCAUCUUAUCUCCAGCCAAUCUGCUGCUCUACUGUAGAAGCUGCGAACGGGACUAGGAUAAAGCAUUUGUGGCAUUGUGUAAAUACCACUGCUUAAGCUAAUUAAGACAAAUUUUGACAUUAUUCCAUAAUUACAGGAAAGCUAAGUAUGCAUAACAUUUACAUUGGAAAGCUUGGACAGAUUGGACAGGUAAAACAAAAUUGUCUUGAAAUUUGAUUGAACUAAAAAGAUGAGUUUCACACCUUCCUUGCUUUCUUUUUUUAAUGUCUGCGACUGUUCUAGCAACUGUGCUUGUUUUUCUGUUGUUUGCUUUUUAAUGCUCGGAAAACUUAAUAAUAACUAGCGUUCUAUAUUUUCUUGAAUAAACAUAGAAAAGGGAUUAAACUGAACAGAAAGGGAGACCUUCUCUGUUCCCUAUGUUUUCUUGCAUAUCCACCAGUUUUUUGCUUCGAGCUUCUUUGUAAACUUCAGCUUGCCACGUGGUACAUAGUUUAUCCAGCGCAAGAAACGUAGCGCGGACCUGCGUGUGAGAAGGAGUGUUGAGUGAUUGUUUUGUUUGCAUUUGCUUUGUAUUGUGUCCCUUACCUCAUACCUCAUCGCAAAACCAUAUCCAUCCCACCUACCUGAUUGGCUAUGUUUGUUGGACCGUUGUUAUUCCUUUGUUCUUGUUUUUUCUUUACUCUUUUUUUUUUUCGGUCAACACUCAUCAGCUGAUGAAAUGUAACCGGUCCACCUGUGUUAUCACUAUUUAUUCGAAUGGAUAUUUAAAGUGUUCGCAUCGAAACUAUAGAAGGGCAAAAUGUGCGGUGGUAUGUGUGAGCAUUGAGUGACUAUGAACUUCGGAAUAAAAAUGUCUUGAACUGCU